CCCAGUGCCCGAGCCAUGGCUGCCGCCUCCUCUUCCUCCUCCCCGUGCCCCGGGCCUGCCUCAGUGACUCCGGGCACCCCGGCUCCAGCUGCCCGGGCAUCUCCAGCCUCUUCAGGCCUGGGCCGCUGCCGGGCAGCCCUGCUGCUAGCCGUGGGCCUGGACGUGGCAGGGAUGGUGGCGCUCCUGACAGGAGUCUUUGCCCACCUGCAGGUCCAAGGUCGAGACUUCGGAGACCUGCUCAUCUACUCGGGGGCCCUCAUGGUGUUCCUCAGUCUGCUUGGCUGGAUCUUCUGGUACACGGGCAACAUCGAGAUCUCUCGUCAGGAGCUGGAGAGGGACUACGGCCGCAGGCCGGGCACCCUGGCCCGGCUGGCCCGCAAGCUCUCCCGGAGCUGGUCCGCUCAGCCCGGCCCGGGCGGAGGGGGCCGAGGCGGGGGCCGGGGCCCCUCCAAGCGCCAAGCCCAGACGUCUCGCCGAGUGCGCCUGCAGCUGAGUCCUCUGGAGGCCUCGACAGCAGGAGCAGGGAUGGAGUGAGAGAGAGGCCCAGGUGCCCUGCUCAAAUCUGGAUGGCAUGGCCUAGACUGACAUGGCUUCAGUGCCAGAGAAGAGCCCCCUUUGCCUCAGCGAUAGGGGUGCCCUGCUCCCUUCUCCUCCGCACUAUCUCCUCCCUUCUUCCCCAUCAGCUGGCCUCGGGACAAACACUCCCAUGUGGACCUGGACCCCCCUGCUUUUAUCUUUGAGCACCUUUGGGAAGCAGUUUAAGAACCCUGGGUGUGGAGGACCUCUAACCUUCAGCCCCAGGGAGACUUUGCCUUCACUGGAGCCCCAAGGACUGGGGGGUAGGGUUCCCCCUAAUGACUGGACCUAGAGAGACAGGAGGGCCAGGCUCCUUCCCUAUAUCCCCUCUCCCCACUCCAGUCUCCUGUUGGUAGACAGGGACUCCCAUACAGGAGUAGCAGUGGAGCCGACCAUAGACGGCUUCUCUCAUCCUUCCUCAUGCCUGUCCCGACUCGGUCAUGACAGUGUGAAGAGGUGGCUGAAUUUGGAGCUGCAUGAGCUAAGUCCAGAUCCUGCCUCCAUCAUGUUCUGUGUGACUGUAGACAAAUCACUUACUCUCCCGGGCUCCCAAUAUAUGCAGUGACAGUAUUGGACUCAUAGGAACUCUGGGCCUCUCACCUUGGAAUCUAUGAUCCCAGUAACACCCAUGUCUCAUUGUAUCCCCCAUAAUUACUAAUCAGCCUUCAGCGGCUGGAUGCCAGGGAAGCUGAGGGGAACUCCAAGGACCAGAGUCUCUGACCUCAUGGACUGAACAAUUAUUUGUAGAAAGAACAGAUGGGAGGGGCUACAAGGGACUGUGCCCCGAAUUGGAUGGAAAGUCUGAUGACACAGAAGCGAUUUCUAUGAGGAAAGGGGGAGAGCCCCUCCUAAAGAGAUGUGGGAGAACACAGGGAUAAAAAACUAAAUAAGGGCGUGUCACUGAAGAUGAAUGCCAAAAUGGGGCAUGGUUGUGUAAGAAUGGUAUCAG